AUGGCAGAUCCUGGUGGUAAAAACACUGCAUCUGCAGAGCAGACAACAAUGCCGCUUCAAACUACUGCUACUAUCAUUAAUGCAAUAUCUGGGGAAUCUAUUACAACUAAUGUGAACUUCUUUGUUUCCUUGGACGAGUUUAAACAGUUCAUGACUAGAAAAUGGAAUAUACCCCCUGAUCAGUUGCUGAUUUUGUUGCCUUACGGUAAUAAACUAAAACCGUCCAUGUUUAAAGAGUUGCUAAUAAAUAGAUCCUUCACGUUAAAUGAGUUUUAUGUGUAUGAUAGAAGACUGUUUUCACUUGUUCAUAAACCUACACCAGUGAACGCCGCCACUUCGCAGGACAUUAGCUUUGAAAAUACCCUUAAUUCUAAAGAUUUAACCCAGACUUUGGAAUAUUUAAUCAAAAAUAGUCACGUAGGUGAAGGUAGCGACACUAUCAUGAUCAAGCCUAUGCCCUCACCCUUAGAAGAUGCAGAUGUGACUGUUCCGCGCUUAGAUUACCACACCGUAACUAGCUUACUAACCACGAAUCUAGGUUGGUUAAGCGCUCUGGAAAUAGACGUCCAUUAUUUCAGAAGUCUCAUACCAGACAUCAUAGCCCAGAUUACCCACAUAUUUAACAGUUUGACGGUUUGCUCACAAUACCUAAAAUUGUACUGCUUUGAUGUCGAAACCUUGUAUAAUUCAAACGUUCAAUUCUUAAAUCAAUUGAUAGACAAUGGCAUGACCUCAAAAUGGGAAAAAUGUUUCAAAGACACUCUGAGUAAAUUGACUGGUUUAGAGGGUGACUCUUUACAAAAGUUUACUAAUGUCGAAUCUCUCCUGGAAAAUGAAAAAUCUGUAAAGUUUUUGAAUCAUUCCAUUAAUAAUAAGCUGAACAAGAUCAAGAGAGAAAUUGACGAAAAUUCGAAUUUCAGAGACACCAUCACAAAAAACAUUGACCAACUGCGGCAACAGUUCACUCCCAAUGAAUCUAAAUAUGAACUAGAAGACAAAAUGGCCGCAAGCUUCAAGGAUUUGGUAUCAGAUUUGCGAUCAAGAAGCAGAGAUGUUCUUGAUAAAGAACCAGAAGAAUUCAACGAUCAAGCAUUUCUAAAAAGUAUGAAUGAGACGUUGGAAAAGGAUAAGAAAAAUUCUAUAAAGUCCUUAUUUACUAUCUCACAAGCCCUAUACUGUCAAACUGAAGAACUCAUGAAUUUGAAGAAAAGAUUGCAAAUGCAUGCCAUUGUCACGUUGGGGAACAUAGCAUUCACUCAAAUGGAAAUUUUAGGCAUAAAGAAGUUGUUGUUAAAUGACUGUAAUAAGGAUUUAGAACUAUACAAGAAAUAUGAAGUGGAAUUCGCCCAAGUGGAGGAUUUACCCCUAAUAUAUGGGCUCUAUCUAAUGGAAAAAUACCGUAGGCUAUCAUGGUUUCAACAAAUCGUGUCAUUUGUUUCGAGUUUUGAUCAAGAUUUAGAGUUGUUUAAACAAAACGAACUGCACACAAGAAGUAGAUGGAUUAAAAAUUUUGGUUCCAUUGCAACCGUUUUCUGUGAAGAUUUAUUAUCCUCUUCAGAUUUUGAUAAAUUGAAUGAAUAUCAUUCCAUUCCUCCUCCACCUAAUGAUAAAGAAAAACAUAAGGACAAGAAUGCAAUCACUCAAUAUCACAAAGGUCUACAGGAACUAUCUCAGGUCAUUGACAAUUACAUGGUACAAAUUAAAGAAACAAACGUCCCAGAACCAAUCAUCGAUUUGCUAUCGAAAACACUCACCGAAGCCAAAAGAUUUCAUAUAAUUUACUCUAAUUUCAAAACUCAUAACAACAAUAGUUUUAACAGUAGUAAUAAUUCUCUCGAAGAAUCUGUCAUGUUGAGAAGCGAUGAACUAGUUAAAGGGUAUAAAACAAGAAUAAAAAAACUAGAAUCACUUUUGCAUGAGCUUCAGUAUUCUGACGUAAACCACUGGCCCCUGGGUAUUUUGAACACUCAUAUCAAACCGUUCCAUAGUAUCAUUCCAAGUGUAAAUAAAAAAAAGUUUUUAAGCGCAUCUGUGUUGUUAGAACCUUCUGACUUAAACAACAGUAGUAUACCACAAAUUAACGGUCAUCGAGUUGAAGAGUUGGAGAGUAAUUUGCAAGAUUUAUUGCAACAAAUUCAAUCAUUGAAGGAUGAAAACAUUCAAAAAUCGAAGGAAAUCUCUGAUAUGAGGAGAAAUUUGAGCGAUGCGGAAGUGGAAAAGACAGCAUAUCGCGAAACGUUAACUAACUUAAAUCAGGAACUGGCACGGUUAACUAACGAAGAACAGUCGCAUAAAACCGAAAUUUUUGCACUUAAUGUCUCAUUUAAAAAGCACUUGAACGAUAUAGUUGACCAUGAUAAUGAGAAAUUGAUAAACAUCAAUAAACUAAAAAGCGACUAUGAUGAUGUGUUUAAAUCCAGGGAACGCUUACAAGUUGAGAUGAGUGAAAUUCGUAAAACGCAUAAAGAAGAGAUUGAUUCAUUAAAGAAUGCUAUCGAAAGAUUAAAUGGACAAAUUACAACUUUGGAAAAAAGUGAAAGUGAGGCCAAAUCAAGUUCGAUCGAAAAAAUCGAAAAAAUCGAUACCAUUUCCUUUCGCAAUGACGGGAAUAUGAACGAUAUGGUUUCCACACAAGCUUUGCAAGAUAAGAUGUUUGAUAUUAUCUCAACAAAUGUUUUCAUCUUGGAGAAUAUUGGGCUAUUGCUAACCUUUGAUAAUAACAAUAACAUUCAAAUCAGGCGUGUCAAAGGGUUGAAAAAGGGUGUCACUCAAAGCAAUAUUUUGGAUGAAAGUACUCAAAUGUUGGACACUGCUGAUAACUCGGUAAUAAAGAGUCCAGUUUUUCAAAAAUUAAAGGACGAAUAUAACUUGAUAAAGUCGAGCGUCAAUGGAGUUGAUAAAGAUGCCCAGCAAAGCAUAUUUGUGGAAAAUAUUGCACAAUUAUAUGACAAUAAACUGUACGAAGUUGCAGUCAUUAGAAGAUUCAAAGACAUUGAAACUUUGGCAAAAAAAUUAACCAAAGAGAAUAAAAUUAAGAGAACAGUAUUGGAAAGGUGUCAAAGGGAAAAGGUUACCUUGAGAAAUUUUCAAAUUGGCGAUUUAGCGUUAUUUUUACCAACAAGAGAAAACGUUAACUCCGUUGGGUCUAUGUCAUCGUCGACUUCAUCGCUCAGCUCAUCAUUUUCGUCCGUUGACUUAUCAACACCGCCACCUUUAGAUGCCAUGUCUAUACAAUCCUCCCCCUCGAUAAUACACAGCAAUAUUGUCUCCCAAGGAAAUACUGCUAGCAAGGAAAAGAGCAAGCAAAUGAGACCUUGGGCUGCAUUUACAGCGUUUGAGGAAAACACAAGAUAUUUCUUAAAAGACGAAAAGGGAUUGACAAAAGGGAAGGAAUGGUUUGUAGGAAGAAUCAUCACAUUGGAACAUUUUGUAGCGGAUAGCUCCUCUAAUAACCCGCUCCGAUUACCCAAGGGUGCCGUUUGGUUUCAAGUCACUGCUGUUGUAGUCUCCUACCAAGGAAUUUGA